UUGCCAAUGUCACGUGAUUUACCCGGAAGUUUCACGUCUUGAACUUUGGACGUGUAUUGACUCGGAGGAGAUUAGGACAUGGACGAAGACAUGUCCCAGGAGGUGGACACCUUCAUAGCCAGCCUGAAGCUGCUUGUCAACCUGGGCAAAGCUCUAUUGGAGCAAGCCAAGAAGGACUCCGAAGCCUCCCUGGAGAACUUUGUCCCUCACAAAAUCGCCACUCUAUACGGCCUGAUCGUCGCUGGAGCAGACUUCUACAAGAGCAUCGGCGUGAAGAAGAAGACAGAAGCCGAGGCCCUGUGGAAGAAGUGGUAUGGGCAUGCCGCAGUGCGAGAGCAAGUAGACGAGAUGCUGCAGCUCCAGAGCGACUGGGACUCCUUCCUGCAGUUUGUGGACGAAGGUCUUCCUCCGCCCUCGAGUAGUCUGACUCCUGCAGCAGACAUCUUUAGCCCUGAAACAUUGUUUAAUGACGGCCGCAGUGGAGCGAAUGUAACACUGGACCAGUACCGCCCUGAGGGUCAGAAGCUUCUGCUGGUCCUCAUCAGACACUUUGGAUGACUGCCGUGACGUGACCACGUGGCCGAGCUGCAGGGCAACCAGGCUGCCCUGGAGGCUCGGUCCAUAAAGGUCUUGGUGGUGUGUUUCGGCGCCUUGAAGGGGUCUCAGCUGUGGCUGCAGCAGACUGGAUGCACAUUCGACAUGGUGCUGGACUCGCAAAGAAAGAUGUACAAGAGUUUUGGACUCGUCUCAUCCUACGCUAAGGUAAUGAGUUUUGGCACCCUGCUGCAGUAUUCCGAGUAUCCAGCAGUGAACAGAGACCUCCCUGAAUUCCCCUACCACCUGCUGGAAGACCUCUAUCAGAUGGGAGGAGAUUUCCUGUUGAGCAAAGAGAACCAAAUCCUCCUGUUCCACCAGUGUAAAACCCCGAUGGACCGGCCAUCCAUUAGCCGCCUCCUAGAGGCAUCUGACACUGCCCGCUAACUGCAGAAGAAAUCUUACACAUUCCAGCCAGGUUAGGUUGGAUCACUUACUUUUAACAGGAGUUGAGCUCCACUUCGACCCACGCUGAUGACGUCACGCCUCGCUCUCACUCUGUUGUGAUGAGGUGCGACCGAUGCCAAAGAGUGUGGCGAAGAUGUCCGCUCCUCAUUGUUAGAUCAGUGUUUUGAUCAAUCUGCUUUUAUGUGUGAUAAUUGAUUUUAACAUUUGUAGUUGAGUUUUGCCCCCCCCCCCCCCCCCGGUCAUGAAGUGUAAUACAGAUAGUUACGCUUAAUUUUUAAUAAGAAAUAGGAUGUGAAUAAUCAGCUGUUUGAACUUAAACAAAAACAAAAUUCAGAGAAGAACAAUUAAAUUUGGCCUUUUUCAAACACGAGUCCCGCCCUGCACCAGACUUUGCACAAAUAUUUGUAAGGAUUAUCUCAGCCCUCGGUGACCCCAAAUCCGACAUAAAAAAACAAAAGCUUUGUGGAAGUACAACAGUGUAACAUUAUAACCAAUAUGCUGACAUCACCAGAUUAAUACAAGCCGCAAAAUACCGAUACGACAUUGUCAAAAUGCUUUUAAUGAUGUGUUUAAAAAACUUAAAACAUUCUUUCUUGCUGUAAAAGGUGUCUUAAAUGUGCAUUACUCCCUUUAGCCAGCCAGUGGUAAAUCUCCAGCUUCUUUUCCACUGCAUGAUAAGUGUUUCCCAUAGAAAUACAGUCUAUUUGUGGUGGAGGUGGGUGUAAUAACCUAAUAGUCGAAAUUGCAUGAUGGAGCAUGUUGCAUUUGCAAAAAGCGAGUAAAAAUGACAUGAGAAGCAAAAUAAAUAAUUUUGGAACUACGAACAAA